CCAAAAGAAAUGGCGACCGCGUCAGUGGAUGUCAAGGAGCUCCCAGCAUCAUACGUGUUUGUGGCCGAUGUCCCGGGGCUCAAGAACACGGACAUCAAGGUCCAAAUCGAGAACGAUAGCAUCCUCAAGAUCAGCGGCGAACGCAAGCGCGAGGACAAUCCAAGCUAUGACAUCAAAUACGUGAGGGUGGAGCGCGCCGUGGGCAAAUUCAUGAGGAAGUUUAAUCUUCCCGCCAAUGCCAACCUAGAGGCGGUGGCGGCGUCUUGCCAGGAUGGAAUCCUCACCGUCACUGUGCCCAAGAUCCCACCUCCAGAGCCCCACCAGCCCAAGACCUUCGAUAUCGCGGUCGCUAGCACCGCUGCUGAUAGUAAAAAGUAA